UGACUCGUGAGUCCAACAAUUCAAACACAUGAUGAGACUUCAUCCAACCUGUUGAUUCUUGAAUUGUUUAAAUCAGAAUUCAUUUUUUUCCCCUGAAAAACAUAUAUAUGUGUGAUGAAGAAUCCCCAGGCAAAUGACUGCCUCCACUAUUGGCAUUUCACCAGGUUAAAACAUGUCAUUAAUGUAGUCAGAUCUGGUCUGUACAGCAGUGGAUUUUCUUAAUCUUUGAUGGCUAAUAUUCUUUUUCAGUCUGUAUCGAAAAUGCAGAAAAUAACAAACUCUGGGUGAUUCCAAGCUUUUGCUUGGUACAAGCCAAGAACAUUCUUAACUACUACAAAAUUGUCUACUGCUAUACUUUCGAUGCUUUGAGUUAGAGACUUGAGUUUGGAGUCCUAACAAACUGUCCCGUGAUAAAUCAAAAGAAGAUAAAGGAUAAUAUCAAAGUCAUCAGGCCUUUAUGCCCUAGAUGACACACAUGCUACAAUAGGUAUGACGAAGGAUCGCAAUUCUACGAAGUUGAGCUAACCCAAAAACCCACCUUCAGUUCAGAUUGCAGGAUGUAACUCGCCUGCAUCAAGUCGGAAUCACCUGUCAGCAAAGUGGCGGCGAACUCAUUCAUCUUUUAAUGACCUGUUUUGAUAAGAUGAGCUAUACGGCAUUGGAUAAUAUUAAAGAAAGGUAAAUAAAACCAAAAAUCUUAUUUAUAAUACUGUUCGAUCCCGUCGAACAAUUACCCUAUGGCUACUUUGGAUAACCUGAUAAGGCUAUUUUCAGGUAUUGCAAAGAGUGGUGAUUUUGGGAUGCCAUGAUUGAGCGUAGCCAUUUGAGUAGAUUGGGUCCCCUGCAGUCCUUACGCUACCCCAUGCAGUCCCUCCCAACCCGCCUUUUACGGAAUAAGUAAGUCGGUACCGAACUUUAAAAAGGGUCGGUUGAAUCAUAGUCAUCACCUGGUAAUCCAAACUUAUUGUCAUAUUGUACACUCCUUAUAGCUACUUUUGGGUGAUUCUCAUUGAAAUCAAGUUACCUGAUUAGACCUCGCACUAAUUCAACCAAAUUCUUCCUCUAUUUGUCUUCUCUUCCUGCAGCAGUUUCAUUACUCUUCAAACCAAGAAAUCUGCUCUGAAAUUUCUGCUAUUGAGUCCCUUCCCUUAGCAAUUCCUUCUAAAUUUCAAGAUUCUGCUAUACAAGUUCUUCUCUUUAAUCAUUUGUGCAUUACCUAUGUCUAUUAUAAGACCAAAUUCGACGUCCAGUAUGAGUAUAUCACGUAAUCUUGGAAGAACUUCCUUUUCCUGGUACUUAAAUGGAGGGGAAAAAACCUUAGUACAUAAACCAGCAGACUCAAAUCAAAGCCAAAAUUCAUCCUCCUCCACCACACAUAUACCUUUUCACCUUGGAAAAAAGAAAGCAGAAGACACAGAAAUCGAUGUUUUCACUGCUGAUAAAUAUUUCAACGAGGGGACAGUCGAUAGCCCAAAAACCAAGGAAUUACCAAAUCAGAAGCAUAAGAAAAAAGAUCCCCUUCAAAUAUUUGAUAUAAAAGAAAAAACUACGACUUCACCCCAAAGUAUUCAUUCUGAAUCAAGUGGGAAUAGUCGAAGCUUGUUAUUGCAUAAUAUUCCGAGAAAUCAGCAACCCUGUAGAAAGAGUAACAAGAAGAGCUUUCUUGCCAACAUUGGUUGCAGUUGCUCGUGUAACGAAAAGAAUUCAGUCGAAAUUGAUGAUUAUAAGGGCCAUAACUAUCUUAACAAGAGCAUUAGCAGCAGGGUGGAUAAUGGGAAAGCAAAACAAGAACUCGAAAAUAGGGAUGUCGUUGCCAGUAAGGAGGAUUUGCAGUGCAAAAAACUCGAUGAAAUACAAGUUAAGUUGAAUACAGAGGAUCAUAUCAGCUUCCCAGUUUUUAAUCCCAAGACUGUAAAUCCAGCAGUUGAAAUGGAAUUACAAGAAGUAGAAGAUAAUUCGAUGAUAUCUCUUGAAGUUUUUGGCCUCCCAAUACUACAGAAUGGGAAGAAUUCAUUGAUACUCGAGAAAAAGUUAACCAUGUUGAAAUGGGAUACAAUUUCUCCAAGAGUGGAAGAAAUUGAAGUUCCGGCAAGUUCCAACAGAGCGUACAAGGACAGUGAUAGCGAUACAAGUUCAGACUUAUUUGAGAUUGAAAGUUUGUCGAAAAAUGCCAAUUCCUUUAUUUCCAGGCAGGAAUCAGAUGGCAAUAGCAUGUCCACCUGCUUUACCCCCACAACUUGUUAUGCACCUAGUGAAGCCAGCAUAGAGUGGAGUGUCAUCACCGCCAGUGCCGCCGAUUUAUCCACCAUGUCAGAUACCGAAGAGCGAAGACCAACUAUCACCACUGCUGCAGCCACCGCCACCAUAGCAUAUCCCCAGAAGACGGUACUAAAUCUGCCAAAAUGGCAUCGUCCAAGCAUUCUUUCUGGUUGUAAAAGUCAUACAGCUGUUAGAGUUGCAGGGGACGCAUUUCCUAUUGCAAGAAGGCACCACCAACCAGAGUGUUUCACGCCGGUGACAAGAUUUCAAGCUGAAAGUAAGCUGACAGGAUUCGAUAAACGAAACAGAAAAAAUACAUUCGAUUCAAGCUUUCUCUCUCGAGUCUAGAUCACAUCUGUUAUAAAACUGCAUUCUGGAAUGUGUUCCCAGAGUUUUUUCCGUUGUUACCGAGUGAUUAAAAGUUGAUAGCUAAUAAUGAGCAGAAUAAAAUAUCUUAAAUCUUCGUGUAA